AUGUUGAAUCCUACCUCUCCGGUCUCACCAACCGGUGGUGGUGCUGGGAGAAAACGACCACACCCCGUCGCCGAGUCGGCCGCCGCUGGCCCGCCCGAUCUAUCCGCACAGCAUGCUCCCAGCGAGAGUUUCGCGGCGGCUCCCUCUUCUUCCGCCUCUAAUAAUUCGUCCUUUCGCAAUGUCUCCGCCUGCAACCGCUGCCGGCAACGCAAAAACCGCUGCGACCAACGACUUCCGCGAUGCCAGUCGUGCGAAAAGGCCGGCGUUCGCUGCGUCGGGUACGAUCCGAUAACGAAGCGCGAGAUCCCGCGUAGCUAUGUUUACUUUCUCGAGGCUCGGGUUGCGUACCUGGAGAAGCGCCUGAUGGAAAGCGGCGUUGACUAUACAGAAGCGGUGGCCUUUGACGAGGAAGAGGCUAUCAAGGUGGAGGCAGGGCAUAACUUGACACAAACACACAUGGUACCUCCGGAAGGGUCUAGGGCAGAGACAUCUGCGGUUGAUGGAAAUGAUAAAUGGGCACGGGCGAAGAGAGAGAAAGAUGGGCAUGCCGCCCUAGGGUUAGAAGAGAGAGGUUCUCGAAGCGGCCAAGACGCGGAAAACAAACAGGACCCUGAGAAAGAGGAUAAUUGGCGGAUACAGAAUCUCGUUUCGAAUAUUGGAAUGGUCUCGGUACAAGGAACCUCGGACCCACGCUAUCUAGGCUCGACCUCGGGCAUUUCCUUUGCUCGAGUGGUCUUUGCUGCAGUGAAGAGUUCAGUCCCGGGGAAUGCAUCGGAGCGCGGGCCAUUGCGUCCCAAGGAACCUCUCCCUCAUAGCGCCACGGGCACUGGAGGAAGUACUACGCGGGAUUCGUUUUUCGGGUUGCAAACGAGGCCGAUGAUGAAGUGUGCAGCAUUCCCCGACAGGGAACUAGCCGAGCGACUAGCGGAUUUAUACUUCGAGCAUGCCAACCCGCAAAUACCUAUUGUCCACCGUGUAGACUUUAUGGAACUGCUGGACCGCACAUAUGCUGUUGAUGAGAGGAGUCGCUCCCCUCGCAGUCUGUACAUCCUCAACAUAGUAUUCGCAAUCGGUGCUGGGAUCAUAUUUGAAGACAAGCCGGCGGACGACCAAAAGGAGGGUCGUGACCGUUCGCCGACUGCAACAAAGAGACAGCGUAUGUCGAGUCAUCAAUACCAACCGGAAGAAUACCAUGCUUCAGCCAUUGUUCACCUCGAGUCUUUCCUAUCCACUUCUGCAUCCACCGACGGGUUCGGCGCUCUGGAGGAGCUACAGGCCGUUCUCCUUCUUGCUAGCUUUGCGUUGCUUCGACCCGUUGCACCUGGUCUCUGGUACAUUGUCGGGGUUGCAAUGCGUCUCGCGGUCGACCUUGGCCUGCAUUACGAGGACGGCACUGGCAUUGAUGCUCCUGGAAAUGAAAACAUAACCCGCUCACAAGACAAAGAAGUGAACAACAAGGGAAAACUACGCAUUGACGUCCAGGAACGAGGCCGUCGAGAAUGGGUGAGGGAUUUCCGACGAAGGCUCUGGUGGUGCUGCUACAGCUUCGACCGUCUUGUCAGUUGCUGCGUCGGUCGCCCAUUUGGCAUUAGUGACCAGGCUAUAAGCACGGAAUUCCCGUCUCUUCUGGAAGACAAAUACAUUACCAAGUCAGGAAUAAUACGGCCUCCAGAGGGGGCCACAAGUUAUAAACACUCUGCUUUCCACUACUUCAAGCUACGGUUGCUGCAGUCGGAGAUUCAGGAUGUCCUGCAGCAUCAGCAAGCCCGCUUUGCCCGGCAAAGAGUCCCGCAUGGAGCCAAGACAUUCAUGCGUGCCGAUGUCGUGUCACCUUUCCUUCAAGGGUUUGAUUCCUUCCGCUCGUGGAGAAGGGAUGUCGAUCGGCGGCUGCUGGAAUGGAAGCGGAGUGCGCCUGCGCCGCAGGACACGGGCGUGCGGUUCCCGCUCGAGUUUCUUGAACUGAAUUAUUGGCAGGCUGUUAUUAUGCUAUAUCAGCAGAGCCUCACUGUCCCUGCCGAGUUGGCAGACGAGCUUUCACCCGCCGAGGAUGUUUCGAGCCCCUCGUUCUCGCAGGUUGAUGAAGAGGACGAGGAUGAUAUUUACUACAAGGUUGCUGAAGCGGGACAAAAGGUGAUUCGGAUCUACCGUCAGAUGCAUCGGGUGCGUUUGGUCAACUAUACGUAUCUGGCUACCCACCAUAUUUUCAUGGCAGGUAUCUCGUUCUUGUAUGCGAUCUGGCAUUCGCCCUGGGUGCGGAGUCGUCUGACCCUCGAUGAAGUGGAUUUCACUGUACUUGCGGCCACGUCCGUGCUCGGCGACUUGAUGCACAAGUGCCCGCCGGCAGAGGCAUGUCGCGAUGCCUUUGAACGCAUGAGCAAAGCGACUGUCGAAAUGAGCCUCUCGACAACAGGGUUCGGGCCACAGGUUGAUCUGAGCCGCGUACCCACAGCAAGCGGGUCCAGACAGAACAACACGAUGCAUAGAUCAGGACAAUAUACCGGACGGUCCAUCGACCAACGGCAGCGACACGGCUCUCGGCGACAGAUACAAAUGAGACAGUCGCGCCCUGUGCCGAGAUUUGACAUGAACCUCGACGACCUCUUUGACAGCGGCGCGCUCGCCGAUAGACAGAAUAACGGCGGCAUAGGCAAACCCCUGCAGGGUUACCCCGUCUCCGAAACCACAGAUCCGACCUUUGCACGACCGAAUCCCCAGCGGAACCCAUCCAUGGAGUUUUAUGGUGGGUUCGAGAAUCCCGUGUCACCGCAGGCACAGCAACAACCACAACAGCCGUUCUACUACGCAAACUCUCCUCAAAAUGGGUCUCCGAACAGCGCCGGUGCGCCCUCGGGUCUUCCCCAAUUCCAGCCUACAGAUCCGGAGAACCCUGGUGUCGGCCUUGAUUAUCUAGACUAUGACCCCUCUAACAUCGAUCGCCAGAUGUCCAUGGGCUCCGACGAGAACUCGGACUACAAAUUGCAGGCUAUGCCCUCGUUCGGGCACGGGAUGGGCCACAGCGUCGGCAUCGACCUUGGCUUCGGCAUGGCGGUCGACUUUCAGCAUGACUGGAGGGAGAAUCCGAAUUAUGAUUUACUGGAAGGUUACUUCUUUGGUGGGGGAGGAACAGGACCAGGCCCUGGCGCGGGUAUCUAG